AUGUUCGCAAUCCCCACCUUCUCCCAACAAAACCAAAACUGGGUGCAUGCUUCUGUUACAGAAGAGCGUCUUGAAGAAGAUGUUGACUCGGUUCUCCUUUCAGCAACCAAGAUCCUAAACUCCUCUGAGGUGAUAAAGGAAAGUGGUGACAGUGAAACAGGAUAUAGCUGCAGAGCAGAAUCAGAAAAUCAAGUCCAACCACAGUCAGCAUUGAAAGCUCUUCAGCAUCAACUGGAAUCAUUUCAGGCUCUCCGAAUACAGACUUUGCAGAAUGUUAGCAUGGUACAGUCUGAAAUCAGUGAAAUACUGAACAAAAGCAUUAUUGAAGUAGAAAACCCACAAUUUAGUUCAGAAAAAAAUCUAGUAUUCAGCACACGCAUUGAAAAGGCUUUGCCUAUAGAAAAUGAAGAGGAAAUCCUUUCUAUGGAGAAAUUUCAUCAUUUUGAGGAUUCCAGGUCUCUCUGUUCAAUGGAAGAAAAAUUCAGUAGUGAUACUGGUCACAGUAUCUCUCAAAGUAUAAAUAUUCCAUCUCAAAUACAUUUCAAGGACAUACUAACUCUGAGAACAUCAACAGAUAAUACAGCUUCAAACAUAGUUAUGAGCCCUUCAGGAAAUUCUGACAUGCUGAAGAAUUAUAAUAACCUUUACAGUUUUCUACCUAACCCACCUCCAAAUGGAACAUCUCAAGCUGAUACAAUAAUUCUGGAAGAACCCGCAAUUACUGUGCCUUUUCUCAAGCAUGGAUUUUAUGAAAAUUUAGAUGAUAUUUGCCACUCUAUCAAACAAAUGAAGGAAGAACUUCAAAAGUCACACGAUAGAGAACUGGCACUCACAAAUGAACUUCAAACUUUAAAAACUGAUACAAAUGUUCAAAGUAAUGGUAGAUGCGAUCUGUCCCCCAUUCACAAGGACAAAAUUAAUUUUACUAAGGAGGAAAAUAACUUAAAUGAGGAUAAAAAAUCCAAAAGGAUUAAAGAAUUAGAGGCAUUAGUAAACAAAUUACUCCCACUCAGAGAAACAGUGUCAAAAGUCCAUGUGAAUUUUUGUAGGAAAUGUAAAAAAUUAUCUAAAAGUGAAAUACACAGGGGAAAGAAGAAUGAGAAAAAUAAUAUGGAAAUUCCUAUCACUGACAAGAGUAUUACAGAUUUAAAAUUCCACUCCAGAGUUCCAAGAGAUACACUGUCAUUCCUUGACCACACAAAACAUAAAAUAAAAGACAAAGAAAGGCAAUCAUUUGUAGUAAAACAAGGAUCAACAGUAUUUGAAAACGAGAAAGCCUCCAAAGUCAAUUCUGUGACUGAGCAGUGUGUGGCAAAAAUUCAGUACUUACAGAAUUACCUAAAAGAAUCUGUGCAGAUACAGAAAAAAGUAACAGAGCUAGAGAAUGAAAAUUUAGCCCUUAAGACCAAAAUAAAAACUCUUGUCUCUACCACACAGUCUCUGAUUCAGAAAAUUGAAACAUACGAAAAGCAGCUUAAGGACCUGGUUGAAGACAAGAACACUGUUCAGUGCAGGUUAAUUAAAACAGAAGAAGACAGCAAAGAGUGUCUUAAAGAAUUGAAAAAAGUAAUUAGUAAGUAUAAUGUCCUCCAAGGCCAAAAUAAAACUCUGGAGGAAAAAAACAGUCAACUUUCUGUGGAGAAACAACAAAUGAUAGAAAUGUUAGAUCAGUUAAAACACAAAGAACACAAAGCUCAGAAUGAUUUUGCCGUUGUCAAUAAUGAAAACAAUCGAAUGACUAUAGAAAUGGAAUCUAUGAAAACAAACACUCUGCUGAUACAAGAUGAAAAAGAAAUGUUAGAGGAAAAAACCCACCAGCUUCUAAAGGAAAAAAGCUCACUUGAAAAGGAACUGAAAGAAAACCAGCUAGAGAUAAUGCAACUAAAAGAGAAGGAAAGAUUGGCAAAAACUGAACAAGAAACCCUUAUCCAAAUAAUAGAAACAUUUAAAAAUGAAAAACUUGACCUUGAAGCAACAUUACAAGAAGCUACCGCUGCUCGACAAAUGAUGGAGAGAGAAGUUGAGAAUAUUCAAACAUACCAAUCUACUGCAGAAGAAAAUUUUCGGAAAGAAAUAAAAAAUGCAAAAUCAGAAGCAAAUAUUUAUAAGAACAGCUUGUCAGAAAUGGGCAAGGAAUGUGAAAUGUUAUCAAAAAUGGUAAUGGAAAUUAAAACAGAUAAUCAGAUUCUAAAAGAAGAGCUAAAGAAACAUAGUCAAGAAAACUUAAAAUUUGAAAACAGCAUCAGUAGGCUUACUGAAGACAAAAUACUUUUGGAAAACUACGUAAGAAGUAUGCAAAACGAAAGGGAUACCUUGGAAUUUGAGAUGCGAAAUCUUCAACGAGAAUAUUUUAAUUUAACUGAUAAAAUCUGUAGUCAGCACAAUGACCUACCAAAAACGGUUUACAUCUCAAGAAGGGAGAAAUAUCAUUUUGACAACUCUGAUACGUAUGAAGAAACUUCCAGUCCUAGGUGCAGGACUUCGGCUCCUGAUUUGAAAGGUAUGUAUAUUGGGGUGGAUUAGGAAAGAGAUGUGUUUCAGAUUCUUUUACCCUAUGGAACACUAGCCAGAACAUAGUAAUAAGAAGGAAACUUUAAGAUGAAUACAAUUUGGUUUUGUAAGGUUUGGAUUCAACUUAGUAUAAACCCCAUUGCUGUCGAGUUGAUUCCGACUUGAAGUGACCCUACAGGACAGAAUAAACUGCCCCAUAGGGUUUCCAAGGAGCGGCUGGUGGAUUCAAACUGCCAACCUUUUGGUUAGCAGCCAAGCUCUUAACCACUGUGCCAUCAGGGCUCCCAACUUAGUAUAUAAUGGAAUUAUUUAGGAAUUUUUCUCUUUAAAAAAAUUAGUUAUUUUAUCCGUAUCUAUAUAUAUUAUACAUGUACAAAGCAAUUUUGUGGGGGAACAGGCUUUUUUUUUUUCUAAAGUGUAAUUAACACUUCCACCUUUAAAAUGUUUUUCCCCCC